AGAGUAACCCUUUAUCGCAGAUGCUAAGCGUCUGGUUGACUGCGAAUAUAUGUAAACAAUGUAUGGGUAGCAAAAUUGAAUAUUGUUGAUCAAAUGACUGAAUUGAACAAACGUAAGUCAAAAACAUUAUGCAGAGGCUGUUGUAGCAUAGCUGAUAUAGCUUAGGCUUACCAUACACUAGUUGAUAUGGAUGAGCUCGAUCGAACACGGCAGCUUUUGGAGUUACUGAACAUCGGCAUCGUGAAAUGCUUGGAAAAGAAAUCUAACCUUGGUGUGUGUAAAGUUGAGUUAGAGCAGAGAGCACCUGCUGAUAGACAUAAUGUGUUGAUGUGGGAACAGAGAAAUACAUGCUUUUUGCCGGAAGAUUUAAAAAGCUUUUUCUUAACAUCUGAUGGUUUUCAACUUUCAUGGUGUGUUAAAAUGGAUAAUGGCCCCCAGCCAUUAGGUAAGAUGAGGAUUAACCGUGUCAGUCAGCUGGUACGUAUUGGUGGGACAGUUCAAACUAGUCAAGUCAACCCCUCCAUAGCUGACCUGGAGGGAGACUCGGACCAGGAGGAUGAAGUCUCUGGACUGGAGAAGCCAACAUUUGACAACAGAUGUAAAAUCUACGAGUUGGAUCCAUGCGAUGGAUAUGGCAAAGUUUGUCUAGUGUACCGGGAGAGUAAAGCAGAAGAAGGAGAUGUAGAAACUUAUUUUGGUUUGACUUAUUUUGACCCUGUGGAUAUAUUUGAUGGAAAGCACACCUCUGAUUUGCUCAGAUUUGGUGGCAAUGAACCAAAGAUAGAGAUUUGGUUCCUGGACAGAGCACUGAGGUGGCACUACCUCACCGACUCCUUUAUAGCCUACUACCGAUUGAUGCUGAUGCAUUUAGGACUGCCCCAGUGGCAAUAUGCACUCACGGAUAUUGGACUUAGCCAACAAACACAGCAAUGGUUCAAUGUUUUCGCCCAAGUCCGUCUUGAACUAGACAGGGAAAUCCUGUGUGAAAGCUCAGAGGACACUAAGAGUCGAGCUCAGUCGUCGCAGCUUGACAUCAACAAGGUGUUCAAAGGCAAGACAGACAAAAGGAAGGCGAUGACAUCUCAGACACAACAAAAUCCUGGGAAUAUGAAAAAGAAGGCCCUCGUUCCAUCAGCUAAUAAGACUCAAUCUGUACCGGGGACCCGUGUCAUGGCGUCCUCGUCGCAAAUCUCCAACAAGGGAUUAAAGUAACACGGGUAACAUCAUCAAGUUUCCAGUAUCACGUUACACGCUGGUAACAGCAGGGAACCCGUAAGAACCUAAGGAUUUUAGUGAUUACCAGUUCCCGAUGAUUUAAUAACUUAACUGUAGGACAUAAUGUUUGUACUCAGUAACCACAAAGUACAACGAUUUUGUUAAAUAUAAAGUUAAUAUCGAAUGCAAUCUAUUUUACGUUAAGUGUGUGUUUGUGAAUCUUAUAGGUUUUUGCAAAGCCUUAAUUGCAAUUAUCAUGGCAAAAGUGGAUUCUGAUUCUUAUGUGAAUAUAGUGGUCUAUCAGAAUUGAAUUGUCUGGCUGUAUGUCUGAAACGUUUAUAGCAAACUGUAACUGAUUACUGAUUUGAUAGAUGCGAAUAGUUUGCGAGAAGUCAUAUAGAUGGAUAUAUAUGUGAAUGAACGUAAAUGUAUGUGUGCGUACAAUUAUAUAUACUUAAUAUCGUGUAUUAUGUAGGAGUAAUUUCAUGAUUCAUAUUCAUGGAUAAUGUGAAAAAUAAAUGAAAAAAGUAAACUU